AGAGAAAGCCGUCGAGCAAGAUCAGAGCGACGCUCGAACCCUUGCAAGAGUCUGAGCACCACCCUCGCAAGUCUAUCAAGGGCGGAAGGAAGUUCCCGCCACGGUCAAAGUCGAACCUCGCCAAAUCCGAAGAGGCCGUCAUGCCAGAAAGAGAGGCUCAGGCACCUCAAGAUGAAGACAACCGUCUCUACUGUAUCUGCUUGGGCACAGAUGACAAGACGCCCAUGAUCCAAUGCGAGGGCUGCGACAACUGGUACCACUUCAGAUGCCUCGAACUCACCGAAGAAGAGGCAAAGUCGAUCCAGGUCUUCUACUGUGAGAUGUGCGAGGAAGCCGACAUCGGUCACACCCAAAGUACGUCCCCUCUCCCAUCUCCGCUGUCUCCCUCUUUCCCACCCACCAGUGCGACACGCAACACCAACAAACCGCUACCAGCUACAGCAACGGCUACAGUGAGAGAUCCAUCAAGGGCAGACUCGGAGGAGGCUCGAAUGUGGCAGUAAAGAAGCGAGCAUCCAGCAGCAAGCAGCGCGCAGCUUCUGACGAUUCCGGUCCGCGUUACAAAGACGACGACGAGGAUGAAGAGC